AUGGCUGAGCCGAACAUCCAACCCCAUAGAACCCCGGGGAACUCAGCUGCCGCCUCUCCCACAUUUGUGAAGCCCACGAGUCCCGUUCGAAGCAUUUCCAGGGCCAAGGCUAGCGUGACGGACGACUUCGAAUCAUCCUCGAGACCCGAGAAGAGGCCCAGGCUUGAUGCCCCGUCGAUGACAGCUGCUGUCGCUUUUGCAGAAGAACGAGCAAAAUCGGCGGAAGUUUCCACCCCGUCCACAGGAACAAGCCCCAACCCGCAUCAACAAGCCCUUCAAGCUCUGAUGGGCGCAAAUCAGAAUGCGAUGAGCAAGGCUCCACAGCCAGACACGUCGCUGGCGGAUCCGGCAACCACGGUCAGCGAACCGUUGGCUGUGGUGGCCGAAACCAUUCAACAACCUUCUGAGAAUGCCACCGAAGGUGUCAGCGGCGACAGUCAUGCAGCUCAGACAAGCCCCACGAGCCUCUCUAGUGUCGGCACGUUCGAAAGUAUGGCAGCUGCUACCGGCAUGACCACGACAGUGGGGAGUCCUUUGGCCAUUGAGGAAACCGGUCGUCAGGUCGUGAGCGCCGCUGAAGCGGGCUCUACCUCCCCCAGUGAAGGGCCAAAGGCCUUCUCUUAUCCCACACCUUUGUUGCAAGCUCAAGUAAACGAAGGCUCUAGACGAGGAAUGAGCUUGCCUCAGUCUGGUACACGACAAGGUACAAGAUCUCCUUCCAACAAAAAGCACAGAUGCCCUUAUUGUGCCACCGAGUUCACUCGUCAUCACAAUUUGAAGAGUCACCUGUUAACGCAUAGCCAAGAGAAACCCUACCUUUGUUCCACAUGUCAGUCUAGGUUCCGCCGACUACAUGAUCUCAAGCGCCAUACCAAGUUGCAUACGGGUGAAAGACCCCACAUUUGUCCGAAAUGCGGGCGGAAAUUCGCACGCGGCGAUGCCUUGGCCCGUCACAACAAAGGUCCUGGCGGAUGUGCUGGACGCCGAUCCAGCAUGGGCAGUUUUGCUGGUGACGAGGACGCCGAGGGGGACGAGUCCAUGGAGGGAGUAAUGUACAACGAACCUGAUCCCAUGGAGGACGAAGAAGGCAAUGACAGAAGACCCGGGAUCCGCCGUCAAGCUCCCUCGGGGGACGAUACACCAGAUGACACCGAUCGCGCAUCGCGCAUUCCAAGCACAUAUCCACCCAUCCAAGGGCGUCCGCCUGGCGGGAUUGCAAGUGGAUUCUUCCCUCCCCGAGCCGGCUAUAGUCCAGCCACUUCUUCCGCUGGCAACGUGGCUGCUGUUCCCUCCGCCGCGCCGUUACCAUUUCCCCAAAUGUCGGCUUCGUCGCCCGGUUCUCGACCCUCCGGGCCCGGAAACACGGUCUUUGCUCAAAAUCCCUUGACUGAAAGCCCCAAGCCACUUUCACCUGGUCAGGCGCAAAGAAAUCCGGGACCUGGGCUGGCCGAAGGGAGCUUGAACCGAAACCGAUCUCCCAGUUUGACACAGUAUCAGCAAGCAUCGUACAGUCGAACGAGUGGGACGGGGUCAUCUUUAAGUUUGGCUGGAGCGCCUCAAUUGCCGCCACCGAAUGUGUUGAACCCACCCGAUGCAAGAUACACUCUACCCAGUCAGGGCGGUCCCGCUCAUCCUCCGACUCAACCCAGUGGACCACCGACACACAUGAGUGGAAGUGGUCCAUUAUCAUCUCACAGUAAUAGUUUAUCUAGUCAUGGACACUCGGCUCAUGGCAGCGGAGAAGCAUCCAACCCCAUGUUUACCAACAAGGAUGAUCGGAUAUGGGCCUACGUCACAACACUGGAACAACGAUUGAAUGGCAUGCAAGAUGAGAUCAAUUCUCUAAAACACCAACUGGCCACAGCCACAUCAGCAUUACACCAGCAACCGCCUCAUCGGAUGUAA